AUGAAGGUUUAUGAAAAAGAAGACAAUAAAGAAACCACCCAACAAACAAGUCAGGAUUAUAAGAAACCUGACGCAAGUAAAGUCAAUCAUUCUCAACUUGACAUGACAAUUAGAUUUCCUCGAGCAGCAA